UUCUUUGCCUUACAACAAAUAUCUAAAUCUAACAUUCAUUUCCUUCAAUCUGCCAUUCCCAUUCUCUCUCAAACCCAUUGAGAAAUCUCUUCUUCAUAAUUUUCACUCUCUUUGCUUUCUUAAACUCUUAAAACAUUUUCAAUUUCAUCACCUCUUUCUUUCUCCUCUUUCCUUUAGAUCUUCUCAACCGUCUAUAUAUCCAAAUCACAAUGGCUGCUCGAACUAAUAAACGAGCCUUCUCUUCGUCUUUCACCCAACGAUGUAAAUAUGAUGUGUUCUUGAGUUUCAGAGGAGAAGAUACUCGCAAUGGUUUUAUUAGCAAUUUGAAUGGUAUUUUGCGUCAUAAAGGUAUUAACACCUUCGUGGAUGAUGAGCUCCAAAGAGGAGAGAAAAUUUCCAUUGAACUUUUUGAAGCUAUAGAAAGUUCAAAAAUUUCUAUAAUUGUAUUCUCUAAAAACUAUGCAACUUCCACUUGGUGUUUGGAUGAACUUAUCAAAAUUCUUGAGUGUAAAAAGAAUGGCCAAGUGGUGUUUCCGGUUUUUUACAAGGUGGAUCCAUCAGAAGUACGUAGCCAAAAGGGGAAGUUCGGAGAAGCUUUGGCAAAACAUGAAGAAAAUUUCAAGUAUGACACGAACAAGGUGCAAAGAUGGAGGGCCGCUCUAAAUGAAGCCGGGAAUUUAUCCGGUUGGCAUUACAAAAAUGACCUCCCUCAAUUUACGUUUAUCCAAAAGAUUUUUGAAGGGAUCUCAAGUGCAAAAUUAAAGUGUUCGAAAGUAUUUGUUGUUAACUACCCAGUUGGAAUAGACUCUCGCGUAGAUGAAAUAAGUUGUUGCUUAGAUAUUGAGUCAAACGAUGUUCGCAUGUUAGUGAUCCAUGGUCUUCCAGGAAUAGGUAAGACAACAAUUGCAAAAGCUAUUUUUAACUUAAUUGCAUAUCGUUUUGAAGGAAGUAGCUUUCUAGAGGAUGUUAGAGAAAGUUCAAAAACAAAUGAUGGUGUACUCCAACUACAAAAGGCACUUUAUUUUGAGAUCUUAGGGGGUAGAAAUUUGAAAAUGCAUGGUGUAUCUAAAAGAAUCAAUGAGAUAAUGGAAAAGCUUCAGCACAAAAAAAUUCUUUUAAUUCUAGAUGAUGUGGACAAAUUAGUCCAAGUAGAAAAUUUGCUUGGAAAAUGCAAUUGGUUUGCUUCUGGAAGUAGAAUUAUUAUCACAACAAGAGAGAAAAAGUUGCUAUGUACUCUACGAGAAGAUUGUCAUUUAAUUUACUAUAAAGUUAAGGAAUUAGAUGAUCAUGAAUCUCGUGAACUCUUUUGUCAACAUGCAUUCAAAAGAAACAAGCCUACAGAAGAUUAUUUGAAGCUUGUACACCAAUUUAUAGGUUAUGCCAAAGGACUUCCAUUAGUUCUAAAAAUAAUAGGUGCUGAUUUAUAUGACAAAAAUGUACAGUGUUGGAAAAGUGCAUUAGAUAAGUACAAAAGAAUUCCUAAUUCAGAUAUUCAAGAAGUACUUAAAAUAAGCUACGAUGGAUUGGACCAAAUUCAACGGGAUAUUUUCCUUGAUAUUGCAUGUUUUCUUAAAGGAUACCACAAGAAUUUGGCUGUAGAUAUAUUACAAAGUUGCAAUUCUCAUGACCCAUACUAUGAUAUUGAAAAACUUAUCGAUAAAUCUCUCAUAGUUGUUGCAAAAGAUGACAAAUUAUUGAUGCAUGACUUGAUACAACAAAUGGGUUUGGAAAUAGCUCGACAAGAAUCAGAAGUGUCAAAAAAACAUAGAAGGCUAUUGUGUUAUGAGGAUGCUCCUGAAGUACUAAAUAGAGAUACGGGAUUAGAUGAAAUUCGAGGCAUAACAUUGUCCUUGCCACAACCAAGAAAGAUGCAAUUGGAUCUUGGAAAGAUGAAAAGUCUCAAAUAUUUAACCAUUCACAAUGUAAUUUGUGAAGACAUUAAAUCUCUUCCCAAUGGGUUAAGGUUACUUGAUUGGAAUGAAUUUCCUUUAUCGUCAUUGCCGUCCACCUUUGAACCUAUAAAACUCGUUGCACUUAACAUGCGACAGAGCCACAUUGAAUUGGACGAGCAUUUCGAGAGGUGCCGAUUCAAAACAUUAAAAUAUAUGGAUUUCGCAUUUUGUGAAAAUAUUACAAAAAUACCUGACUUAUCAGUGAUUGCCCCGAACAUAAAGAAGUUGGAGCAUUUUAAAUGCAUAAAUUUAGUUGAGGUUCAUCAGUCCGUUGGACUUCUUGAAAAGCUUGAAUACUGGAAUCUUAAUGAAUGUCGAAAUCUUAGAAUUUUACCAACAAAGCUCCAGUUGAAAUCUCUUAAAAGAUUUUAUCUCUUUGGCUCUGAAAGUCUUGAGCAAGGAACGGAAAGAUUAGCAUUGUUUUCAUCAAUAGGAUAUCUCACUGGCCUUCGUGAGUUAUCAAUAAGUUUAAAAAACGUGAAAGAUGUUCCAAGUAACAUCUCUGAUUUACAAAAUCUUAGGUGCCUCUUUAUGUAUGAUUGUGAUGAAUUUCCAAAAGCCAUGGAUACCCCUGGUUUCUUCCCCAAUUUAGAACGUCUACAUAUCUCUUACAGCAACUUUACUACCCUUCCUGAAAUUGCUAUCAUAUUUCUCCAAUUAAAGAUUCUAAGGCUUUACUUUUGCUGGAACCUUCCGAAAAUUCCAAGACUUCCACAUUGUAUACAAGAGGUAUAUGCAAUAGGGUGUAAUUCGUUGAAUUCACAAUCAAGAAGAAGAUUAUUGAAUCAGCAGUUUGGAGAAUUUAUAGGGCUUCAACAAAAUAUCGUAUGUGCAAGGGGAAUACGGCAUCAGGAUUCUGAUUCUGAAACAAACUUUGAAUCAGAAUCAGAAUUUGAUUUCGAUGAAGCUAAAUCUGAAACGGGCUCUGCAUUUGAAAUGAACUCUAAUCCUGAAGCGGACAACGAAUCUGUACCAGAAUUUGAAACGGACUCGACAUGGGAACUUUAUGAUGAUUAUUCACUUGGACUUCCAGGAAGUAAGAUUCCAAAGGGGUGGUUCAACCAUCAAAGUGUUGGAAGUUUUGUAUCAUUCUCGGUCGGUCGAAAACUUCCAUCAUUUGCUAUCUAUGUGGCACUAAAAGUGGAACUGAAGGAUGUGACAUAUAGAUUGUAUCUGUUUAAUUGUUCUAUCUACAUGUACAUCAAUGGUUUUGAAAGAUUGCUCGUGUCUACUAAGUUUUCAAUAGAUUCACUAUCUUUUAUGUGGUUCUCCUAUAUACGAGAUAGCUCUUUGGAAGACAUAAUUCUGGAGGAUUGGAAUGAAAUUAAGAUUCUAUGUGAAUGUACAGAGUUUGAUCCUAAAAUUGCAAACAUUACAAUAGAAAGGUGCGGAGUCCAUGUACAAUGCAUUUGUCCUCCUUGCAACUCCGCAGCAAAUAAGGUGGCCCAAAUAAGAAUUCAAGAAAGACUCAAACUUCCCUUUGAUGAAAGAUUAAAAAUGUUUUUAUGCAGAGUGGCUGCCGAAGUCCUCCCCUUUGAGAAAAAGCUCGUCGGAUGCUUAAAAACCCAAGUUGCCCAUUGUCCUCUCUGUGAGAUAGCAGAAGAUUCUCUUUUACAUCUAUUUCAAACCUGUCCCUACGCCAAAGGAGUAUGGUAUGGUGGUAGAUGGGGUUUUCGAGUCGAAAAGAUCCAAGCUCAGUCUGUUAUGGAAUUUGUUGAACAUAUAAUUGACCCCCCAAGUGAGUUACUUGCAGAAAGAAUUACCCAAGAUGAGUUCACACUGUUUGCAGUAGUGGCAAUGAAAAUCCUUUGGAUGGCUCGAGAGGAAGCUCUGUUUUCAAACUCUAAAGCCAACAUAAACCAGUUAGCCCAUCGUCUGAACAAACAGUAUGAGUUUUACUUGAGAUCACUCACCAAAGAGCAAAACAGGGGAAGUGCUUGGACCAAACCACUUGAUCAAUUGGUAAAGCUUAAUUUUGAUGCAUCAUGUGAUCAAAACAAUGUAGGCUUGGCUGUGGUUCUCAAAGAUCACGAUGGGAAUGGAAGAGCUAUCAGACGUGGCAUAAACAUCAACGGCAAGAUGGGAAUGCCAAUGGCCAAAGAGAAUCGCAAAUUGUGGUAGAGGGUACAAAGCAAACUUCAUUGUAAAACCAGCUUGCAAGCCAAAUUCUGCUUUGGCUUCUUCUUCAUUUGGAAAUCUGGUUAGAUCAAGAACAUUUGGUGCUUUUUCUUAGGAAAUUUGUUGUGGCUCAGUCCAUUGUGUCAUGAGCAGAAGGUUCCUGAACCAGGGUGUGAUCAGCCAUCAUGCACUUUGUAGAAUAUGCCAUAUUUCAGAAUAACUGCCAGAGGCUGACCUUCUGGAAUUGCCACUACCAAUUGUGACUGCUACAGUGACAUGCAUGAUCAUCCAUCCUGCACUUCAUCUCUAAUACUUGAGUUUAAAAUAUGUCUAUGAGUAAGAAGAUUUAGAGUAUCAAAGAAACAAAUGUGCUCUCAUUUCAUCUAUUAAAAAUUGCAUGCUGUGGUUUUUUUAGUUUAAUUUUUUGUUCAUUUCUGUGGACAUAAUGUCUAUGAUUUCAACCAACAUCAAUGGAUAGUGGUUAGCCUAAACAUGAUAUUGUUGCUUUAAGUCAUGCUUAGGUAUGAUCAAGCUGCUUGUCUUGUCCUGUUACUCACAAAGUAAGAGUCAGCACCUUGUUGGUAAUAGAGGGGAUGUGAUUGGUCAUAUUUAUAAUUCUCCUGAUGAUGUUUCAAUUUUCAAUUCUUAUUCAUCGUAAUUGCAUACAUAUGUGAAAUUUAGUAUUCAUAAAUUAUGGAUCGAGUUAGAUAUUGAUUUCUUUUAUUCUGUUUUUUCCUCUUCUGUUACAACAUCUGCAGCGAUUAUUCUUUAACUUUGCCUUUUGUGUAGAACCAUUGGAGGAUUGGCUUUUAGUGUCUCUAGAAAGGUUCUAAGUCCCUACAUUCAGCCUAUGUAGUUGAGCCAAUUCGUUGUCAUUUAGUGGAGGAGAUAGGGAUUGAAUUUAGGACCUCCUACUCUCAUACCAUGCUAAAUUUACUGAUUCUUCUAAAAGUUUAAACUAUUAGAACAUGGUAAAUUUUAUCAUUUAACCAUAUAGUGCUAACAGCAGAAAUGGACUUUGUUUACAUGUUCCAUAUGGCUAUUGGUGGGUGCUUGUAGAUUUGGAUGAAUCACUUAGUGAUAUCUUAACCACGUUAUCUAAUAAACACAAUCAUGUAGAAAAUGCUAAUGUAUUGUGAAAUAUAUUAAAUGACCAAAUAGAAGAAGUGUAUUUCAAGAAACUAAGAUUUGGGUUUCGAUAAUCUGAUUCAAUGCUUUGAAGAAUUGAAAGUUAUAGAACUUUAAAGAAAAUAUUAACAAGGACAAAGGCUGAUAAGGUAAACUGUUAACUUUAUAUCCUGAUGUUUUUAUAUGUGUGAAGAAGCUUUAUGCUUAAGAGACAUGCAAACUUGUUUGCAGAAAAGAUGAAUGCUCUUAACAAGUGAGUGAAAAGGCAAAGACAAAGCUGCAAUUUCAAUUCAACUACCUGAUUACCCUCACUCCAAUCUCUCAGUAUUGGCUUAGGCCAUUGAGAUUGUUAUGCCUGAUCCAGAUUGUGACUAGCCAAGGCAUUAUCAACCAUCAUGCACUUCAUAGAAUAAGCCAGAGUAGAGUAACAGCCAGCAACAAUACCAAAAAGUGCAUUGAAAUAUGUUGGUGCCUCCCGUGCCUCACUAAGUCGACCCUGAUGCUCAUUGAGAGAGCUUUUCAAAUUGCCUGGAUUACUUGAAGUUACAGACAGCAGAAACAACAACAACCAGAAUGACAGCAACAAUAAUACUCCCACCAUGAUACUACCAAUCUUUCCAGCCGAGGCAGAGAGAGUAUAGCACAGGUUGAAAGUAAAAUACCAGUGGUGUCCUCAAACGCUUCAAAUACAUAACUGAUGAGCUUUUUGCAGAAUCACAGCCAAUGCUUUUACUCCACCAGAGUGACUCAAAGCCUCAGAGUUCUCGUCCCUCACAAUGUCACAGAGCCUUUUCAGAUCUACAAUGAGAAAGGAAAUGGGUUUGUCAUUCAUGGAACCCUCAUUGUCAAGAUGCACAUCAAUGGUCUUGGUCGACUGGCACUGUAUAUAUGCAAGGGAAGUUGUAAAUCAGUAGACCAUCUUUGGUUAGUUUCUUAGUAGGUCAUGACUUGUGGUCCAUUGUUCUGUUGCUUUUGGGGUACAUCGGUUGAUGCCAAGAAGUUGUUAGAUGCCUAUUCUUGCUGGAAUGGUAGUCAUAGUCAUAACAUAAAUAUCAUCAUUCGGUUGGCAGUUCCUCAUUGUCUUAUGUGGACAAUUGGAGUUACUAAACCUCUGAAGGCAUGAAGAAAUCAGUUAUAAAGACCAAAUUUACUUUCCUGCAUCUGCAAUUUGGAUGUUGUACUAUGAUUGUUUUUGGGAUAUUUACGUUUAUGAUUGUAAUUCUGUAAGAGGCUCUGCAUUUUGAGCACUCCACUUCUUUAACAUAAUUCAUUAAUACUUUAAAAAGGAAGUGUUUGAUCGUUCACUUCCCUGGGCUACUCCUUGUUUA